UGUCUCUUCCUUUCAGCACUCACAACCUUUCUCUUAGCUCUAAAACAACUUCAAUGGCCUGUUUAGAGGUUUGCAACGAGGGCAAAUUCAAAGAAGAUGAAGAGGGAACCACCAACACUCUUGAUGGAAGUGUAGACAUGCAUGGCCGGCCAGCAAUUAGAGCAAAAUCCGGAAGAUGGGUCGCCGGGACCAUCAUUCUUUUGAACCAAGGUCUGGCUACCCUAGCAUUCUUCGGAGUUGGGGUGAACCUGGUCCUUUUCUUGACCAGGGUAUUGCAGCAAAACAAUGCGACAGCAGCCAACAGUGUGAGCAAAUGGACCGGAACUGUCUACAUCUUCUCCCUUGUUGGUGCCUUCCUCAGUGAUUCUUAUUGGGGACGCUAUAAGACCUGUGCAAUCUUUCAAAUCAUAUUCGUCAUAGGACUGGCAUUAUUGUCUCUAUCAUCGCAGCUGUUCUUAUUGAAGCCCAAAGGUUGUGGGAGCCAAGAAAAUCCAUGUGAAACUCACGAAAGCUACCAAAUUGCAUUAUUCAACAUCUCCAUCUACCUCAUUGCUCUAGGAAAUGGAGGUUACCAACCAAACAUUGCAACAUUUGGAGCUGAUCAGUUUGAUGAAGAGGACCAUAGGGAAGGACACUCUAAGGUGGCAUUUUUCAGCUACUUCUACCUAGCUUUGAACCUAGGGUCUCUAUUCUCCAACACCAUAUUGGGAUACUUCGAGGAUGAAGGCAUUUGGGCAAUUGGGUUCUGGGCGUCGACUGCAUCUGCAUUUGCAGCAUUGGUCUUGUUUCUUAUAGGGACUCCCAGGUACAGGCACUUCAAGCCAAAUGGAAACCCUCUUGCAAGGUUUUGCCAAGUCUUGGUUGCUGCUGUAAAGAAAGGCAAGGUUGAUAUGCCAUCAGGUGGAGAGGAGUUGUAUACAGAGGAAAAAAAGGAGUCCUCCAACCGAAAGAUCCUCUACACCCAUGGGUUCAAGUUUCUGGACAGGGCAGCAUAUAUCUCAUCAAGGGAUUUGGACAAUCAUAAACAGGGACUUCAAGACCCGUGGCGUCUCUGUCCUGUUACACAAGUUGAAGAAGUUAAAUGCAUUCUGAGGCUACUCCCAAUCUGGCUGUGCACCAUUCUCUACUCGGUGGUUUUCACACAAAUGGCUUCUCUGUUUGUGGAGCAGGGAGCUGCUAUGAAAACCACUGUUUCAAACUUCCGCAUUCCGCCAGCAAGCAUGUCUAGCUUCGAUAUCCUCAGUGUGGCAGUUUUCAUUUUCUUCUACCGCCGAAUUCUUGACCCAAUAGUGAGCAGAAUCAAAAAAUCAGAUUCCAAAGGACUCACUCAGCUUCAACGAAUGGGAAUUGGCCUUGUUAUAGCAAUCUUAGCAAUGGUUUCAGCUGGAAUUGUGGAGUGCUACAGGCUAAAGUAUGCAAAGAAAGAAUGCUUACACUGUGAUGGCUCAAGCAGCCUGAGCAUCUUCUGGCAAAUACCGCAGUAUGCAUUUAUAGGUGCUUCUGAAGUUUUCAUGUAUGUGGGUCAAUUGGAGUUCUUCAACGCACAAGCGCCAGAUGGACUGAAGAGCUUUGGAAGUGCCCUAUGCAUGACAUCAAUUUCUCUUGGUAACUAUGUUAGCAGCUUGCUCGUGAGUAUGGUCAUGAAGAUAUCGACUGAGGAUCACAUGCCCGGAUGGAUCCCCGGAAACCUCAACAAAGGCCACUUAGACUGGUUUUACUUCCUCUUAGCUACCUUGACAUCAAUAGAUUUGAUUGUCUACAUUGCAUGCGCCAAAUGGUACAAGUGUAUCAAGUUGGAGGGAAGAUUUGAAGAUGAAGAACAAGAGAAACAGGAGAACUUCAAAGUCUGAUGGAAACAUCAAGGCAUGUUAAGAUACCUAUGCUAGCAACCUAUAUUAAAUAAGAUGAAUGAGGCCAUAAACAGCGGGAGUAAGAGAAACUCUCUUCUCACCAACUCUCUUGCACCCGUUUUCCCCUGUAAUCUUAAUUUCAGGUCUGUUCUAGUAGAGGUGGGUAACUUUUGGUGUAGGUCUUAGGAUCUUCCCUCAUUCUCAUUUGUUUGCAUUUUUGCUAGCUAUAGAAUUCACAUGCGCUUUUAGAGAAUUCUACUGUAAAUCUGUAAUGAUGGGAACUCUUUGAAGCUGUAGUAAUAUGUAAGAAAACUAUUCUGACCUUAA